GGACGCCCCAAAAAUAAAAAAUGAAGGAAACACACAGUGCGCUUUUGCUUUAGAAAGGUCAGAGGAAGAUGAAACCCUCUUUGACAAGCCUGUUUACGUGUGUUUUCUCUUUCUUUUAUGUUUAAAGUGCGGCUGUUGCUUAGGCUUUGUGUGUUUUGAUGCUCAACCCCACUCAGAAUCCAAUGCCACUAUCGUUUGUUUGCCUAAUGCCUUCUACUCUAUGUGAAUAGCGAGGAGAAGAGGGAGUCAACUGGAAUCCCCCCUCGUGUGUUUGUGUGUCAACGCUUAGAAAAAGAGCCACCCGGGAAGCUUCCUACCUCCCUUCCUCACUUCAUUUUACCUUUGCUUCUUUUUCUUUUUUCUGUUUUUGUUUUUUUCUUGUCUCUCUUUAAACCCACUCAGAUACCCACUCCUACUUCACAUUGCAACUCUUCUUCUUCUUCUUCACACUACUUCACUCUACCUGCAAGUAAUUGUCACAAGCAUAUAAUCAAUGGAGCUGUUUGAUUGCUGGAAGUCUUCUCGGAAGAGAAAGACACCUGAAGAAGACAAAGGUGGUUUUACCUUCUCCAUGGAUGAGCUUAAUCAAGAUCUUCUUGAAAGAGUAUUAUCAUGGCUACCCACCUCCACUUUUUUUCGUCUUGGUUCCGUUUGCAAGAGAUGGAAGUCAGUUGCAGAUUCUGCCAGCUUCAAGCUUGCCUGCUCUCAGAUUCCUUCCCGGGAUCCAUGGUUUUUAAUGGUUGAUCGCCAUCUCAACCACUCAAUUGUUUUCGAUUCUGCUGAAAAAGGUUGGAAAGGACUUAAACAUCCACCCCUUCUCCAGCGGAAUCUCAAAUCUGACUUCAUGCCUGUUGCAGCAUCUGGUGGUUUAGUCUGUUUCCGAAAUGCAGCUGGAAAUUUCAUUGUGAGCAAUCCUGUGACAGGGUCAAGUCGUGAACUCCCUCCACUGGAUCUUGUCCCUGAAAACCAAUCUCUUCAUGCCAUUGUCAUGAAUAAAUGUUCUGAACAUGACAGCUCUUACAAGCUUGUGUUAGUGUUUGGUGAACUUCCAAAACUGUCAUUCAAAGUCUACAACUCAAGUGUUAAUUGCUGGGAGGAAGAGGUUGAGCUGAGCAGAAAGGUCGAUGAAACUUUAGACAUUGAGUCAAUUGACGAUGGUGAAGAUGAUGAUGCUGUUUACUUCCUUAGUAAAGCUGGUAAUGUAGUAGCCACUAACAUGCAGAGAAGUCCAUCUAAGGAAUACUCUUCAGUCAUUACUUGCAAAGAUGGUGAGGAAAUUGCUUAUUUCCUUAGCCCAUCUGGUAUAGUUGUAGCAUGCAAUCUGACUCGCAAGAGCUUCUUUGAGUACCCAAGGCUGUUGCCAGUGUUUUCCGAGUACUCCAUCGAUGUAGUGCAAUGUAGAGGAGAAAUGCUAGUUAUUUUGUUCUCAGAAUUUCUUGAAAGUGCCAGUCUUAGAGUGUGGAGAUUUGAUCAAGAUAAGUGGUCAUGGCAUCAGAUUGCAGCAAUGCCACCGGCAAUGUCACACGAGCUUUAUGGCAAAAAAGUCGAUGUAAACUGUGUUGGGGCUGGUGACCAGAUAUUUAUUUGCUUAAACUCUGCAGAGCAUUUCAGUUAUGUUUUAUGCGAUUUGGUCACCAAUGAAUGGAUCGAUUUGCCCAGAUGUUAUAUGAAUGGUGAACCUGUAGAGUUCAUGUCUGCCUUCGUGUUUGAGCCAAGGAUUGAGGCUUCUGUAUGACAAACAAGCCAUAUAUCCAGGAUCAACAUACCCGCCGCAACUUGUCCGUAAUUUUUUAGUUUUCUUGUAUUCUUUCAUGAGUUUUCAUUUGUUUGAUUUGUUAAAGCAAAUUAGCCAAUGUAAGUAGAAUUAACUCAGAUUCAUCUGUAACAUCCUGGACUACUUACUACACUUGCUUGUGUUUUUCACUAAUAAAGAUUUCGUUUUUAUCAA